UGUGAGUCCAAAAGGUGUAUCGCCAUUCCCAGUUUACUGCAAUAUGGAUAUUGAUGGUGGAGGUUGGACAGUUUUACAAAGAAGACAAGACGGUAGUGUGGAUUUUUACCGCGGAUGGGAAGACUAUAAAAAUGGUUUCGGUAGACUGACAGGAGAAUUUUGGCUUGGUAAUGAACACGUUUACAAACACACGUCAGAAGGAAAUUAUCAGCUACGAAUUACACUAGAGGACUGGAAUGGUGAUACGAGAUAUGCUACAUAUAAUACUUUCAGUUUGGGAAACGAAGACUCUAGUUAUAAAUUGACGAUCGGAGGAUACAAUGGCACUGCAGGAGAUGGAAUGACAUAUAACAGUGGUGCUGUAUUCAGUACAAAGGACAGAGGAAACUCAUGUGCACAACGGACUGUUGGGGCUUGGUGGUAUAAAGGUUGUACUUACUCUAAUUUGAAUGGGGAGUAUCUACGAGGAAAGAUUAGCAGCGAUAAAAAUCACCAUAGAGGUGUUUCAUGGUAUUACUGGAAAAAAUGGAAUUAUUCACUAAAGAAAUCUGAGAUGAUGAUCCGAAAACAUUAA